AUGUCUAUUAACCAGGCUCAUCGCACAAUGUCCAGUGACACUUUGGUGGGAUUGCAGGGAAAUAACAGCAAAAGUGAUUUGAACACGCCGUCCAACGGAGAUGGCACAUUCAACUUCCAGCUGGUUCAAAAACCAGCCACAGAGAGCUCGAUCGCCAACAACCUAACAGGAAAUACGUUGCAGACGUCUUGCCGACCUGAGCAGGAGCUUCUGACGUUCCAGGCGUUCGCAGACUCCAGCCCGCUGGAGGAAAUGCUGAAUAAUGGGAACUCAGUGAGAGACGAACUCAAACAGCACACACGCAGCGUUGGACCGGAAAAAUCAACAGCACCGCUUUUCAGGAUGCAGGAACAUCGCAGGUUGUCAAUUUCCGAGUACCACACCGCCAAGCCUGUAUACUACGAGUACGAGUUUUUCGAAAAGGGCCUGGCUGCCGACCGUGUCGAAAGGGACGACGUCGAGGACGAGGAAGAGAUCAUGAUAACCGACGACGAAGGCCCAGAAAUGUUCCAGUUCUGGCCCCGGCGUCAAACCCGUAAGGACUCCGUUUUUAGCGACUAUGGCAACGAAAUGGCUAUGAAUCUGCCUGAUUCGAAACUAACGUCGGUCCCGGCCCCACAGCAUCACUUUUCCACAGAAGAAGACAAUCUCAGCAAUAAUCAGGACACCAAAUCGCAGGAAUCAGCGCGCCUUUCCGGUGAAGACGGCCUGUACAAGAAAAAAGUCAAAGACUACUUCAAAAUAAAUUUCUUCGCAGGCGAAAGAAGAUUGCCAGGUAGUUUGGUCGAUCCCGAACUACUAGACAACGAACCACAGCCUUUCCUGAAAAAAAAAUAUUUCUGGAGUCGAAAGCCUACGAUUCCAAUAUCUGCUCGGGGCUCGCUGUCAUUGAGCGAGCCAGUGGUAAACCCAUCAAAGCUGCUCACUACCCGAAAUCUAGACAGCAAUUACAGCUUGGGCAGUUCUGCUGCCACCCGUGAUAGCUCAGAAACCUCGCAAAGCCCACACGAAUACAGCAUAGACACCGGCCUUAUCAAGAAAAAACGUCUGGGCAUUCCAAAGACUCGCGGACGAAAACCUUCUCCGAUUUUGGAUUCCUCCAAGCAUUUUGCAUGCGAGUUCUGCGAUAGACGAUUCAAACGACAGGAACACUUGAAAAGACACGUCCGGUCAUUACACAUGGGCGAAAAGCCCUUUGGGUGUCACAUAUGCGGUAAAAAAUUCAGCAGAAGUGACAACCUCAACCAACACAUCAAGACUCAUCAAGAAGGGGACUUGUCAUGA